ACUUUUAGAACUCUUCCGGUUGAAUCAAUGUAAUUGAAACUUUCAGUUUUUGUUCAAUAGUAUGGUCUAAAUAUGAAAAUUAUUAAACCGUUUGAACUUGGAUCGAUUUCUUGUUCGAAAAAAUUGUUGCUGGAUUUAUAGCCAAACCAUUUCAUGUCUUAUGCCCAAAAGAAAUAGACAUCCGGAAGCUUAAAACUUAAAAUAUAAACAAACAAUACACACAUUAGUAGUUCAAUUUCUGAGCUAUACGUCUGUUGACUAGAAAUUGAUUUCAAUAGUUUCACACUGUCCCAUAAUACUUUUAGUGAAUAUAUCCUAGCGUAGUAAUUUUGUGAGAUUUCUAGAGGAUCCAGUAACAAAUAGGUAUUUUUUAGAAGAAAUAAAAAGAUUCGAUUGAGAAAACAUGUCUGAAAGAAAAGUUUUAAACAAAUACUAUCCACCAGAUUUUGACCCUUCUAAGAUACCUCGUCUUCGUCUUUCUCGAGAUCGGCAAUACACCGUUCGAUUGAUGGCCCCCUGUAAUAUGAGAUGCAAAACUUGUGGAGAAUAUAUUUAUAAAGGAAAAAAGUUUAAUGCUCGCAAAGAAACUGUUCAAAAUGAAGAAUAUUUAGGGAUCAAAAUUUUCAGAUUUUACAUUAAGUGCACUCGCUGCUUAGCUGAAAUUACAUUUAAGACUGAUCCUGAAAAUGCUGACUAUAUUGUUGAACAUGGAGCAACAAGAAAUUUCCAGGCUUUAAAACUUGCUGAAGAAGCUGCUGCAAAGGAAGCUAAGGAAUUAGAAGAAGAAGAAAAAGGCAAUCCUAUGAAACUCUUAGAAAAUCGCACAAAAGCAUCUAAACAGGAAAUGGAACUUAUGGAAAACUUAGAAGAGUUAAAAGACUUAAAUCAAAGACAUGCAAAAGUAGAUUUAGAAAAACUUUUAAAAGUUAAACAGCAACAGUUAAUUGAUGAAAUUAAAAGAGAAGAGGAUGAAGAUGAAGCAUUUAUAAAAUCUUGCUUUGGAAAAGUUGACGGGCAUUCAAUUAAAAGAAUCAGGGAUGAAGAGGAAUCUUCUUUAUUAGAUAUUUCAAAGAAAAUGACAAGUCCGCCACCAGCAAAAACUCCAAAAUUAGUAAGUUCAGGUAUAGGAAUUCUUACUAAGAAAUCUAAAGGAGUUCUUGUGAAAAAGAAGAAUGAAUCACCAUCAUCUGAAACUAACAGUAAUGGUGUUCCAUUUAAGCAAACAUCAAGCUCAAAUAAUCAACUUUCUGGACAAGGUGUAGCAACUCAAGACAAACCCAAUGCUCUCAGUAUGCUAGGGGCUUAUUCAGACAGUGACAGUAAUUGAAAAUCAACUUAUAUGUCAAAGAGAAGAAUUGAAAUAAAAUGUUUCUCUAACUGUAAAUAUUUACACAUAACUGAUAUUUUGUAAAAUAAACAUAUUUUAAAACUA